UUUGUAGUUUAUAUUUCAACAUGGUAUCAGAGCCUUCCAUUUCAGUUUAGUUUUUCAGAUUUCAGUUCUUUAUUCAGGCUGACUUCAGUUCAGUAUUCAGGCUGGGUUCUUUCUCCAAGAACUUGAGUUAACUUCAGAACCUUACACACCAUUUUCAGAACCUUACACACCAUUCUGCCUACAGAACCUCUACACACCAUUAAACAGAACCUCUGUCCAGACCAACACCGUCCUAUUUCUCACCUCCGUCCUAACCAAUUGCACUUGCCGCCGCCGACCACGUCUUUGGAGUCCGCACCGGCAAAGCUUCGCGCGUCAGUCACACGCGCCGCCGAAGACUUUCUCGGCUGCCGCACGCGCCGGCGAGUGAAGCUUCAUAGCUGACCGGAUUUCUAAUCGGAAAUCGCCAUCUCUGCCAGGCAAAUCCAUUUUUCCGAUCUGCGAGCUUUUGGAUCCACGGUCUUCUUGAGGUUGGCGACGCAGACUGUUGAGAAAGGUUGGGAUUUGAGACUAGGUGAACUAACUCGAAUUAGAAAGGGGCUGCGUUAUAUUUUUGGAGUCGCCACUAUCAUUAGCUGGUAAGUCAGAAACCCAGACCUCGCCAACCAUCUAUUGAGCUGCGGCUGGUAAGUCUUAAUUAGCUGUAUUUAUUUAUUUAUUCUCAAAAAAAAAAAAAAAAAAGAAUGUCUUUUACGGGUCCAUUUGGCAGAGGAGUAAUAUGCCAUUACUGCAAGAAGCCCGGGCACUUGCUCAAAGAAUGUAGAAAGUUGCUGUUCAAAAAUCAAGGAAAUCAGCUUGCUCAUGUUGCUUCCGCUACGAGUUCAUUUGAUGGAUCAAUUGCUAUUUCUUCAGACGAGUAUGCUAAAUUUAUUUGCUACCAAGAAUCUCUAAAGCAUUCAUCUAUCCCUAUCUCGGUAGUCGCAAAUUCAGGUAUUUCAAACACAUGUCUUGUUUCAUCAUCCUCAAAAUGGGUCAUUGACUCAGGUGCCACAGAUCAUAUGACUGGUAAUCCUAGUCUAUUCUCAUCAUUUCACUCACAUUUACCUGCUUCCAGUGUCACUUUAGCAGACGGGUCUACCUCACCCGUUCUUGGAUCUGGUACUGUUGUACCAACUUCUACAUUACCAUUAUCGUCUGUUUUGAGUCUUCCUAAUUUUGCAUUUAAUCUGCUUUCCAUCAGUAAAAUCACACGUACUCUUAAUUGUUCUGUAACAUUUUUUCCGGGAUAUUGUGUGUUUCAGGAUCUGUUAACGAAGCAUACUAUUGGUCAAGGACAUGAGUCGGGUGGUCUUUAUAUUUUGGAUACAUCAAUUACAAAAGGUAUCUCUUGCCUUGGGGUUGGAAAUCUAUUAGAAGCUCAUUACCGAUUAGGACAUCCAUCUCUCUCACUAAUGAAGCAAUUAUAUCCUCAGUUUAAUAAGGUGUCUUCUAUACAAUGUGAGUCGUGUGAGUUUGCUAAACAUCAUCGCACUAGUUUAAGUCCCCGACUUAAUAAACGAGCAAAUGCUCCGUUUGAUCUUGUCCAUACUGAUGUUUGGGGGGCAUGUCCAGUUGUGUCCAAACCUGGUUUCAAAUAUUUUGUCACUUUUGUUGACGAUUAUUCUCGUAUGACAUGGGUGUAUUUUAUGAAGCGCCGAUCCGAGUUAUUUACUCAUUUCU